UCAACUACACGAUGUUGCUAACCAGAGAUGGAUGAAAUCUGCAUGUGCUGCUAAGAAGAGAUUUGGUUUCAAAUCCCUGUUCGAGCACGAUGAUUACGCCGUGCAAUUGUCCUCACAUGAUCGUCAAUUCGCAUACCCCCGCGCAAUUAUCCUCUUAACUACAAUCAAAGGUUUAGACAUUAUUAAACAUGAAACAAAUGGCCUAUUCCAUUUUGUCUCUCUUUCUCUCUUCCCUUCUCGCUCUCUGCUAUGCUCAACUCAAUUUAACAAAUCCUCGAGGAUCGCCCAGCCUGUUCUACCUUAACUCAACUGUGCAAUCGAUAACAUGGCUUAAUGAUUACCUUAGUGUGAGAUAUCAAGGUAGUGAUGGAUCGAAAACAAGCACAGUACUUUUAAGACAAACGAGUGAAAAGAGUCUUGCUGUUAUGUGUGGAUUCUACUGCAUUGAUACUUGUAACUAUUACUUGUUCUCAGUUGUUGUUGCUGGUGAAAAUGAUCUCAGUGUAGUUUGGUCGGCAAAUAGAGGCCAUCCAGUGCCGCAGAACUCGACACUGCUGCUUACAAGAGAAGAAGGUUUGGUUCUGCUAAAUUCUGAUGGCAUCAAAAUAUGGUCUACUAACACUUCAUCUGUGGCUGGUGCUAAUAUUUCGAGUUCGGGAAAUUUAAUUCUCUUCAACAAUGAAGGAAUCCCUGUUUGGCAAUCUUUUGAUCAUCCAACUGAUACGCUUCUUGUUGAUCAGAAACUGAAAGAGGGUCAACGAUUAACUGCAAGUUCUUCACCAUCCAACUGGUCACAGGGUCAAUAUUAUGCCACUAUAUCAUCGACAUUAGGUUUUGCUGCAUAUACUGAAGUGGAUCAAGGUCCUCCACUGAUGUAUUACAAGUUGUUGCCAACUCAAAACAUGGGAAGUGCCGAUGAAUUGGUUUUUGCAGAGUUCAGCCAAGUAGGACUCCUUGUGAAAUUGGGAACAAGAGCUCAAUGGAAUUACGGUGAAUAUAAUGUCAUCCCUUCAUCUGAAGGAGUAAUCGUGUUUCUAAAACUCAAUAACAAAGGGCGUUUAAAGAUAUACCAACAUGAUAACGAUAGGGGAUUAGUCGAGCUUCUUGACAUGGUUGGAGAAGAUCUGGGAGAAUGCCAAUAUCCUCGAAGUUGUGGAGAAUAUGGCGUAUGCCGAGAAGGUCAAUGUAGUUGUCCAAUUAGCCUUGACAAAGAUCAGUAUUUCAGAUUAGUUCAAUCUCAGUUACCAAGUCUAGGUUGUUCGAGGAUAACUCCAUUAUCCUGUCAACAAUCCUUGAAUCAGCAUCAACUAGUUGAAAUCGAAAAUGUUACUUUCUUCAAUGUGAUAGAUUUGGGCGCUGCAUUUCCAAAUAUCAAGGAUAUAGAUCAAUGCAAACAGGCCUGCCUGCAGAAUUGCUCGUGUGGUGCCGCCUUUUUCAGUUAUCAAAACAUUACAGACGACGGUUAUUGUUUUUUGCCAGACAAGAUCCUCUCCAUCAGAGAAUCCACAUUUCCUCGUACUGAUUUUGCAUAUCGAACGAAUAUUAAGGUACAGAUUCCUAAUGGUGUACCAGAACUAGCGCCACUGUCGACACCAUCUGUAAAAAAGUCAAACAAUACUGCAACAAUAGCUGGGUCAUGUACUGGUGCAUUUGUCAUUUUAUGCUUUAUUGUUCUCAUCUUGUCAUGGAUUCGAAGAAGAAAUAAUAUUGAUCACGAUGAGGAAUGCAUAGGACAAAUUCCAGGGCUGCCAAUGAGGUUCUCGUAUGAAGAACUAAGAUUGGCAACUGAGGAGUUCAAGGAGAAGAUCGGAGGCGGGGGGUCUGGAACUGUGUUCAAGGGAAGGCUAGGUGAUGGGACUGAUAUUGCAGUGAAGCGAUUGGAUAAUCUGAGCAACAGAACAAAGGAGUUCUUAGCUGAAGUUCAAUCGAUUGGAAGCAUCCACCAUUUUAAUCUGGUGAAAUUGAUAGGAUUUUGUGCUGAAAAAAAUUGCAGACUUCUGGUUUAUGAAUUCAUGAAGAAUGGAUCAUUAGAUAAUUGGAUUUUCUACACGGGCAAGAGAUCAUCGUCACAUCAUCUCAGCUGGCAAACCCGGAAAGAAAUCGUGCUUGAUAUAGUGAAAGGAUUAACUUAUUUACAUGAAGAAUGUCAUCAAAAAAUCGUUCACCUCGAUAUAAAGCCACAUAACAUACUCUUGGACGAAAAUUUCAACGCCAAGGUCUCUGAUUUCGGGUUAUGCAAAUUUAUGGAAAGAGAUGAAAGCCAAAUCCAAACAACAAUGAGAGGAACACCUGGAUAUAUUGCUCCAGAAUGGCAACUUCUAAGAAUCACAAUCAAAGUCGACAUUUAUAGUUUUGGAAUUGUUCUUCUUGAAAUAGUCUGCGGAAGAAGAAAUUUUGAUGGGACGCGUUCAGAAUCCACUGCACAUUUACUUAAACUUCUGCAAGAAAAAGCAACAGAGAACAAAUUGCUCGACCUGAUUGAAAAUUAUGAUGAAGAAAUGAUGAUGAAUCAUAAGGAAGAAGUAUUAAGAAUGAUCAAGAUCGCGGCCUGGUGUUUGCAGGACGAUCACACGAUAAGGCCUUCAAUGUCGAUUAUAUUGAAAGUUUUAGAAGGUGUAAUGGAAGUUGAGGAAGAGAAUAUCAAUUACUAUUUCACUCAUGCAUUAUCACAUCCUGUACUAGUUCCUCCCGCAGUGGUUUCUGAGCCACCACAGGCUUCUGUUCUAUCUAAUCCUAGAUGAAAUGGUUUACUUGAAUAUAAUCC